CGAGAGAGCGGCACACAUCCCCGACCGAAAUCAACCGUAAGACUACCAAUCAGCAGCUCACGAACCUCAGAGAACAUGGCGAUGCUCCCCGAUGACAGCACCCUGACCGUAGCCAUCAAAGAUGCCACCGUCAGCACCUCCACGGUCAAUCCGGCGAGGAUCACGUCGGCUGUGCAGAAGAUGCGGCCGGACUGGUGCGUGAACAAGCGUCGCGUCAAGAGGUUGCUCCGCUCGAUGAACAACGACGCCUGGAAGGCGGCGGUCAACACGACCGUCAACGCGGGCAACCCCUCGGGCCGUGGCAGCAGCACCACCACCAUCGCCACCGCCAGCGAGCCGCCGUCGGCCGAAGCGCCGGCCGCCUCAGUGGCCGCCGCGGCCGAAACGGCCACCACCCGCAGCAGCAUCCGGGCAGCGGCCAAGGCCGCAAAGGCCGCGAAAGCGGCCGAGAAGGCUCUAAAGCUAGCGGACAAGGCGGCGGACAAGGCCGCGGUCGCCGCCGCGAAGGCGGCGGCGGAAUCGGCGGCGACGUCGCCGUCGGCGGGAUCGGCGGCGGGUGUGUGUGAAACCGCUCCCGCGUCUCCCGGCUCGCCGGCCGGCCCGACGACGGCGGCCACGGCGGCUGCGACCGCCGUUGGGUCGGCUGCGACCGCCGUUGGGUCGGCGGCGGCGCCGUUGCUAUCGCCGGCGGAGACGGUGGGGAGUUGUCAGCCCGGGGCGAAUUGUUCGGCGACAGCGGGGGCAGGGGCCGCCGCCGCCGCCGCCGGUGCGCCGUGGGAAGACGGAGGCGUUGUCGCACCGGUGGAGGGGGGCGAAGAGCCCCUCAGCGAGAGCCUAGACCUGGCGACCGACUUGGAGCUCGAGCCCGGGGUUGACCUUAAGGCCGACCUGGGGAUCGUUACGAACGCCCCCGCUGCUGCCGCUGCCGCCGCUACGGCGUUUACGGACGUAGAAGACGGCGGCGGCGCCGGAGCUUCUGCUGUCAGUGACAGCGGGCGCGCGGAAGCGGCUGACAACCUCGGGUUCGAGAUGAUCGACAAGGCGGAGGUGGUGGGGAGUGGAGCCGGAACCGGCGUCAACGGCAAGACCCGCAAGCCGUGGCCCUGGGCUUGGACUAGGAGCAGCUGAAGCACCAUAUGGGGUGGAUGUAUGUAUGUAUGUAUGUAUGUAUGUAGUGUGCGGUCGAGGAUCGCUCCGUAGUUUUGGUUGAGGGGGUUGUCAGCGCCUGCCGUGACUAUAUCCUGCAAGACUACCGCCCCGGUCGAUGGGUUGUAGAGGAAGCAGAUAGUUUUAGCAGUCGGCGGCGAGCGAGGAGCAUGGAGUGCGGUAAGAGAGUCAAGAGCGCGCCGCCGCCAGCGGUGUGUGGAUGCCUGCGGCGUUCCGUUUCGCAUGGAAAUUUAAAUGAUUCGGCUCGUUUUCGUCAGGUUUUGGGUCUGUUUCACGCAAAGCAUGGACCGAGAAUUCUUGAGGAUUAUUUUUCGGGAUGCGUAGGUUCAGGAUAGGACGAAGUUGGUUUACACUGCUUCGCAGCCUAGAUAUUGCUUGUGACGUGUGGCCACUCACGCGAUUUGCUUUGUCCAAUGUACAUUUUUUUUUUUUGUCUGGACAUGCAAGGAGAAUUUCAAUUUUCUUCCGGGGGGAGGGGGAGACAGGACAGGAUCAGAAAACUCCGGAGAUCGGAAGGUGUGGAGUCAAUCUAAGCAGCUCGUUUUGCCGCCGCCGCCGCCGGCAGCGGUUCGCCCCUGAUUCACUGUAUUUGCACACAUAUCGUGGUUGUAUCGUGUGGCAGCAUCCGUGGUAUUCUUGUAAUAGAGAUGUCGCAGGAGCUUGGGUAUCGUGUGAAUUCCCGUAGUGCGGCGACUACUGCUGUUUCGCAAGCGUGGAAAACCACCACUAGUGUGCUGUUCGUCGGGGCGGAAUUGGGCGGGAAGGUUUGCCCUCUUGGCCGACAUGGUGCUGUUGGCAAUCAGCACACGCUGUUGUGUUUGCUUUCGCAGUGCGUCAAGCUAUACUACACACGCCGACCACAAACACGGAGGCGUUCUUUUUUGUUGCUUCUCGUGAGAUAUUGUUUUGUAAAGAGAACUGUCGCCGCCUGGGGAGUACGGCGCGAGCGCUGUUGGGAUAGGACAUACAACCUCCUGUUUUCCUUUUAGCGGAGGAGAAAGGGGGCGAUGGGUGGAAUGGUUAGGGAUGGAGCCGUGUGUGUCACUCGUGUUGACCCUGUUUGAUCGUGCAUCUCAGAGAGAGAGAUGAAGAGGGCGGGGGCGACGUGGUUUUUCUUUUUCGCCACCCAUCCCACCCCCCUCCGUCAGGUGUAUUUCUACGGGCAUCGUACCAUGUUCGCUGGUUGUCCUUUAAUCGGUGCUCCGCCCAAUGGUGCGGUUUUGUUCAGUUGGCUAGGGACAAGUGGAAGGUGACGAACCCAAGCGAGGGGGAGGGGUGGGAAGCGGGCGAGCGAGGUAUUCGAGGAAUGUGCGCAGUGAAGUUGUGUCUAUGUGCGUUCGUUUUUCCCUUGCGGUUGGCGAUUGAAGACGCACCAACUUUCCUGAGAGUGGGGGGUGUACUCAUAGUCGUGCAUGCCGUAGUCGUCAGACCAUUGACCUCGCAUCCCUACAAAGCGUGCUCGUUUCCUGAGAGUGGGGGAGAACCAAAAAAUGUGAUUUUGGUGCCCGCACCGCGUUAAAGCAUGUGCCCGGGCUAUUUGUGCGCGCCCCUUUUUUAGCCCGGGGGUGCCGCAAUUGUUGAUAGGUUUUUUGUCAUCUCUCUUGUAUGUAUGGGGGGACUGUGGGGUCAAUUUUCUGGGUGAAAAAAGACGUGGAACGUAUUAAACUAUUAAGGUUAAACCUGUUUUUGUCGACAGAAAAGACAAUAAGUACGGGGAAAAAUGUGACAGGACAAUAAAAAAUAAAAGCAGUAAAAGGAAGUGCUGGUGGAAAAUUUUUCGUGAUUUGUGGUUGGCUUGGUGACGACGGCCUGUCUAAUGCUGACGGGCCUGGUAAAAAAACAUGCGCACGGACUUCAUGGGUGUGGCGGGUGUGUGGGGCCGGGAUGGUUUCCGCCAGAAAGUGGCUUGUCAAAAAAAUACGAGUAAGAAGGAGGCGCUGUGUUGUGGUUGCGUGUGGCGCGAGGUAGAUAAACAAGAACGAGGUCGUCGCAGGUUUCCACGUUCGUAACCGUUCAUUGCGCGUAAGGCGGCAACGAAGGGCGUGUUUCCGCGGGGGGGCGAUGUGGCCAGCGCCAAGGGAGAGAAGACAUGAUUUGAUCCGCUCUCUUCAUGGUCUCUUCGAAGCUGCUGGUCCUGAGGCUAUGUGGCAUGGGAUGAAGGUCGGAGAAGGCCGCCGUUUCUUGCUAAGGAAAUAUCGGAGAAUCUUCCUGCCGGAUCGGACCGUGAUAGGGGAAGGGGGGGUUGAGGUAGAACA